GCGGGCUUUGAGUGUCACAUGGGCUUUUCGCGCGAAAAGAGACUCCCGGCAGGAAGAAGAAGUUUCCUUACAAGAGGCAGACACAGACAGACGCGAAACAAUGGCGGAUUCCUCCGAGUCGUACCACAUGGCCACCAGCCCCAGCCGAGCCGCCAGGAGAGGAGACAUGACCUCCAGCCCCGGGCGAGACCUGCCCCCCUUCGAGGACGAGUCUGAGGGGCUGCUGGGGGACGGACCCCUGCCCGGAGAGGAGGAGGAGGACGGGGAUGGAGAGGAGCUGAUCGGAGACGGGAUGGAGAGGGAUUACCGAGCCAUCCCGGCGCUGGACCAGUACGAGGCGGAGGGCUUGGACCUGGACGACGAGGAUCUGUCGGAGCUGUCGCCUGGAGCCCGAGCCGCCGCCGAGGAGGCCAUGAGGAGGCGGGACAGGGAGCAGGGCGUCAGUGGGCGGCUGAGGAGAGGACUGCUCUACGACAGCGAAGACGAGGACGACGAGCGCCCGGCGGCUCGAAGAAGGCGAUUGGCUGAGCGGGCGGCCGAGGGUGUUGCAGACGGAGAGGAAGAGGAAAUGAUCGAGAGCAUCGAGAACCUGGAGGACAUGAAGGGCCACACUGUGAGGGAGUGGGUGUCCAUGGCGGCUCCCAGGCUGGAGAUCUACAACCGCUUCAAGAACUUCCUGCGGACCCACGUGGACGAGAACGGCCACAACGUCUUCAAGGAGAAGAUCAGCGACAUGUGCAAAGAGAACAAGGAGAGUCUGGUUGUGAACUAUGAAGACCUCGCAGCCAGAGAGCACGUCUUGGCCUACUUCCUACCAGAGGCUCCAACUGAGAUGCUGAAAGUUUUUGAUGAAGCAGCCAAAGAAGUGGUGCUGGCCAUGUACCCCAAAUACGACCGCAUUGCCCACGAGAUCCACGUCCGCAUCUGCAACCUGCCGUUAGUCGAGGAGAUCCGCUCACUCAGGCAGCUCCACCUGAACCAGCUGAUCCGGACCAGCGGCGUGGUGAGCAGCUGCACCGGCGUCCUGCCUCAGCUCGGCAUGGUCAAGUACAACUGUAACAAGUGUAACUUUGUGCUGGGACCCUUCUUCCAGUCCCAGAACCAGGAGGUGAAGCCGGGCUCCUGUCCCGAGUGUCAGUCCCUGGGCCCCUUCGAGAUCAACAUGGAGUUGACUGUUUACCAGAACUACCAGAGAAUCACCAUCCAGGAAAGUCCCGGUAAAGUAGCCGCCGGCCGCCUCCCGCGCUCCAAAGACGCCAUCCUGCUGGCCGACCUGGUGGACAACUGCAAGCCUGGAGACGAGAUCGAACUGACGGGCAUCUACCACAACAACUACGACGGCUCUCUGAACAUGGCCAACGGCUUCCCCGUGUUUGCCACGGUGAUCCUAGCCAACCACAUCACCCGCAGAGACGAGGGCGUCGCCGUGGCCGAGCUGACCGACGAAGACGUCAAGGCCAUCGUCACCCUGUCCAAGGACGAACGCAUCGGGGAGAGGAUCUUUGCCAGCAUGGCGCCGUCCAUCUACGGCCACGAGGACAUCAAGCGAGCCCUGGCCCUGGCGCUGUUUGGAGGAGAGUCUAAAAACCCAGGUGGUAAACACAAAGUGCGCGGAGACAUCAACGUGCUGCUGUGUGGAGACCCGGGAACCGCCAAGUCUCAGUUCCUCAAGUACGUGGAGAAGGUGUCGAGCCGCGCGGUGUUCACCACGGGUCAGGGGGCCUCUGCCGUCGGUCUGACCGCGUACGUCCAGAGACACCCGGUCACCCGCGAGUGGACGCUGGAGGCCGGAGCGCUGGUGCUGGCCGACCGCGGCGUCUGUCUGAUCGACGAGUUCGACAAGAUGAACGAUGCCGACAGGACGAGUAUCCACGAGGCCAUGGAGCAGCAGAGCAUCUCCAUCUCCAAGGCCGGCAUCGUCACCUCGCUGCAGGCCAGAUGCACCGUCAUCGCCGCCUCUAACCCCAUCGGCGGCAGGUACGACCCCUCCCUGACCUUUUCCGAGAACGUGGACCUGACGGAGCCCAUCGUGUCUCGAUUUGACGUGCUGUGUGUCGUCCGGGACACCAUCGACCCUGUGCAGGACGAGAUGUUGGCGCGCUUUGUGGUUGGCUCCCACAUCAAGCAUCACCCUAGCAACAAGGAAGGGGGCGUGGCCUUAGAAGAAGUUGUUCUGCCCAACACGACGGAUGUGCCGCCGAUUCCCCAGGACCUCCUAAGGAAGUACAUCAUCUACUCCAAGGAGCGGAUUCAUCCCAAACUGAACCAGAUGGACCAGGACAAAGUAGCUCAGAUCUACAGCGACCUCCGCAAAGAGUCGAUGGCGACCGGCAGCAUCCCCAUCACGGUGCGUCACAUCGAGUCCAUGAUCCGCAUGGCCGAGGCCCACGCCAAGAUGCACCUGAGGGACUACGUGCUGGAGGACGACGUCAACAUGGCCAUCAGGGUGAUGCUGGAGAGCUUCAUCGACACGCAGAAGUUCAGCGUCAUGAGGAGCAUGAGGAAGACCUUUUCCCGUUACCUGGCCUUCCGCAGGGACAACAACGAGCUGCUGCUCUUCAUCCUCAAACAGCUGGUGGCCGAGCAGGUCUCCUACCAGCGGAACAGAUACGGAGUCCAGAACGACUCCAUCGAGGUCCCGGAGAAGGAACUGCAGGAUAAGGCGAGACAGAUCAACAUCCACAACCUGACGUCCUUCUACGACAGCGACAUCUUCCGCUCCAACAAGUUCAGCCACGACGGGAAGAAGAAACUGAUCCUGCAGCAGUUCUAAAAGCCCUCACCACCCACUCCUCUUCCUCCUCCUACUACUUUUCCCCCUACUUUUAGAGUGCUUGAGGAACUCAGUUUCGUAGCCCAAAAUGGGUCAUUGAAGAGAGGAGGAAAAAAAAAGAAAGUGCUUGGGUUUCAUCAUGUUUAGACUCCAGGGUGAGGCGUAGUUACCUUUUUUAAGUCUGAACUGAUGCCUGGAAGACAUUUUUGCGUGGAAGAGUUCCGCUGGAGGAAGCAGGCGAAAGAAGAUGAUCAGAGGGGGAAACCUGCAGCAGGAACACAAACCUGUUUUUUUUUUUGUUGUUUUUGUUGGAGCUGUAAUGUUGUUGACCUCGUUUUGAAUCUUAAAGCUGGGUGGGAGGGGGGGGGUGUGUGCGCGUACUUCACAAAAUGGUGAAAUGGCCCCAGAUCACGCAGAGUUUCCACUGGAUUGUUUGGGUAUCCAUGGUGACUGGAAGUAACGCGUCACAACACAUGAAAUGAAGAGAUUGGUUUCAAAAUAAGAGCUAAUAUUUGGUCAAACAGCGUCGACGGAAGUCAUUUUAACUGCAGAAAUAUUGAAUAAAAAUCGAAAAAAAAAAGGGGAAAAUAACAAUCAAACUCUUCAGGUCAUUCCACGCUGUUGCUCCUCCUCCUCCUGUGUUUUCCAUCUCUUCGCGGGUUCCUCUCUGUAUCCGCCCUCUGCUGGGGCCGGUUGUAAAUAAAUGUACAUGUCUCUGUCCGUGUUGUUGAAGAAAUGGGAUUUAUUGUCUGAUUCCUCUCUGUUACUACCUUCUGUCAAGAUGGAGGACGUUUGACAGAUUUUUGCAUUUCAAGCGUUUUCUACUCGGUGGGCGUUCACGUGUGAAGUGAACGUAGCCUCCUUCAUACGUCACAAAAGUGCACAUUUGGACAGAUAAUAAAAAACACAAAGUGCUUAAAGAGGUUAAAGUGAACUGUAGGUCUGUUUCCAUAUUAAACUUGUAUUUGUUAAA